CAGGCUGGUAACCAACUUUCAUCAUCUUCAGCAUGAAGAUAGCCACUGUGCCAGUGCUUCUGACGCUGGCUCUUUGCCUCGUACAAGAUGCUGCCAGUCAGGAUGAAAAUCAGGAAGCAUGCGAUGAAUUUCUGCCAUUGAUGGAAAAUGGACAAUUGAUCUGUUCCCAAGAUAAAAGCCUUUCCCAAAGCCCUAAAGGAAUAACAUCCCUCAACAAAUGUGCUACCUGUAAAAGCAUAUUGGAAAACAUAGUGAAAUCCCAGAAACAGGCGAGGCAUUUAACAAGAGACACCAGGGAUACUGCUCCAGCAAAGGAUGUAUGUAGUGAUUUUCGACCCUAUGUGAAGGAUGGAAAACUUGGAUGCACAAGGGAAAAUGACCCAGUUGUUGGUCCUGAUGGGAAGACCCACGGCAAUAAGUGUGCAAUGUGUGCUGAGCUGUUCUUAAAAGAAGCUGAAGAAAAUGCCAAGCAAGAGAGUGAAAACAGAAUUCAACGAAGUGCUGCAAAGGAUCUUUGCAAGGAAUAUGAAAACCAAGUGAAGGAUGGAAAACUUUAUUGUACACGGGAAAGCCAACCAGUUCGGGGCCCUGAUGGCAGGCUGCAUGGCAACAAGUGUGCCAUGUGUGCUGAAAUUUUCAAACAGCGUGUUACAAGAGAGAAAAAUAACGAGGAAGGAAAUAUGCGAAAUAUUGACCAAAAAGAUAAAGCUAAAAGAGAAAUUGAGGCAGUGUGCAGCAAAUACCGCAAUUUGAGGAUGAACGGGCAGCUUCCGUGCACCAGAGAAAAAGACCCCGUCAAAGGCCCUGACGGGAAGAUGUACGGCAAUGAGUGCUCCAUGUGUGACGCCUUCUUUAAACAAGAAGAUGCAGCAAGACCAAAGGCUAAAAGACAAACAAUAGAGGAUUUGUGCAGUGAAUUUCGCAGUCACGUGAGGGAUGGCAAGCUUAGUUGCACCAAGGAGAACGCACCUGUCCGUAGUCCAGAUGGCAAAAUGCAGGGAAACAAGUGCAUCAUGUGUGCGAACCUCUUCCAGCAAGAAGCAAAGGAGAAAAGAGAAGCUGAAUCCAGAGCAAAAGCAAAGAGAGAAGCUGACAAGGAUGUGUGCGAUGACUACCGCCGCUUUGCGGUGAAUGGAAGAAUCCCGUGUGUCAGGGAGGGCGACCCCAUCCGGGGCCCUGAUGGGAAGAUGUAUGACACCACUUGCUACAUGUGUCAGGCCAUCAUACUCACAGAAUAUGAAAAGAAAAACUUGAAUGGCAGAGCAGUAAAUAAAAGACAGUCUGACUCAGUGACUUCCUUUGAGGAAGUGUGCAGCAAAUACCGCGAAUUGAGGAGGAAUGGGGGGCUUGGGUGCACCAGAGAGGACAACCCCAUGAGAGGCCCUGACGGGAAGAUGUAUGGCAAUGAGUGCUACAUGUGUGACGCCUACUUUAAACAAGAAGAUGCAGCAAGACAGAAAAGACAAACAACAGAGGCAGUGUGCAGCAAAUACCACGAAAUGAGGAGGAAUUGGGGGCUUGGGUGCACCAGAGAGGACGACCCCGUGAGAGGCCCUGACGGGAAGAUGUAUGGCAAUGAGUGCUACAUGUGUGACGCCUUCUUUAAACAAGUAGACAGAGCAAGACCAAAGGCUAAAAGACAAACAACAGAGGAUUUGUGCAGUGAAUUUCGCAGCCACGUGAGGGAUGGGAAGCUUAGUUGCACCAGGGAGAGCGACCCUGUUCGUGGUCCAGAUGGCAAAAUGUAUGGAAACAAGUGCGCCCUGUGCGUGAGCCUCUUCAAACUGGAAGUAGAGAAGAAAAAUAAUGAUGAAAACGAAAAGGAGAAUGCUGAGGCUGAGAAAGUCAAGAGAGAAGCAGUUCAGGAGCUGUGCAGUGAAUACCGUAAUUACAUAAGGGAUGGUCGCCUUCCCUGCACCAGAGAGAAUGACCCCAUCAAGGGCCCAGAUGGGAAGAUGCACGGCAACACCUGCUCCAUGUGUGAAGCCUUCUUCCAGCAAGAAGCAAAGGAGAAAAAAGAAGCUGAAUCCAGAGCAAAAGCGAAGAGAGAAGCUGACAAGGAUACAUGUAGUGAGUUUCGGCGCCUUCUGCAAAAUGGAAAUCUUUUCUGCACAAGAGAAAAUGAUCCUGUACGUGGCCCUGAUGGCAAGACCCAUGGCAACAAGUGUGCCAUGUGCAAAGCAAUCUUCCAGAAAGAAGAUGAAGAAAAGAAAAGAAAAGAAGAGGAAGAUCAGAGAAAUGCCAAGGAGCACGGUGCCAGUGGUGGAGGAGGAGGGAAAGCUCAGGACCAAUGUGCUGAGUAUCGGGAAACUAUGAAAAAUGGCAAACUCAGCUGUACUCGGGAGAGUGAUCCUGUACGUGAUGCUGAUGGCAAAUCGUAUAACAAUAAGUGCACCAUGUGUAAAGAAAUACUACAAAAAGAGCAAGAGGAAAAAAACAAGCAUUCUGGCAGUAGAUCAAAUAGGACUGAAUCAGCAUCGAGAAAGGAUGAAUGUGAUGAGUUUAGAUCUCAAAUGAAAAAUGGACAACUCAUCUGCACCAGGGAAAGUGACCCUGUCCGGGGUCCGAAUGGCAAGACACAUGGCAAUAAGUGUGCUUUGUGUAAAGAAAAAUUGGAACGGGAAGCAGCUGAAAAAAAAAAGAAAGAGGAAGACUCAAGACACACAGGAGAUAAGAGCAAUGAUCAGUGUCAUGAAUUCCGGAGCUUGGUGAGAGAGGGAAAGCUUAUCUGCACUAGAGAAAAUAAUCCGAUUCGGGGUCCAUAUGGCAAGAUGCACGUCAACAAGUGUGCCAUGUGUCAGAGCAUCUUUGAACGAGAAGCUAAUGAAAGAAAAAAGAAUGAAGAAGGAACAUCAAGUGCCAGGCCCUCAAAUGAUGCAAAGGACCAGUGCAGAGAGGCCCGGAACCUGGCGGAGGACGAGAAGGUUAGACAGUCUAAGCGUUCCUUGGCCUCCAUCACCAGCAUUAGUCCAGAUGAGUGCAGUAGCUUCCGGGCAUCCAUGAAGAAUAAUGAGCUGCUGUGCACUCGCGAGAAUGACCCGUUGCGGGGAGCAGACGGAAAGCUGUACAAAAACAAGUGCUACAUGUGCAGAGCUGCCUUUCAAAAAGAAGCCAGUGAAAAGCUAUCCCACCCUAGGUCUUCUGAAGAGGAAAUCAGCCCAGGUGCCCCCAAUUCUGUGGACUCUGAUAUGUGCAAAGGCUACCGAAUAUUGCCCAAGAUGGGUUACCUUUGCCCAAAGAAUUUAGAUUAUGUCUGUGGUGAAGAUGGCCAAACAUACAGCAAUCCCUGCUUGCUUUGUCAUGAAAACCUGCUACACCAAACUGACAUACGCAUACGCAGUAAAGGGCAAUGUGUGGAGACCAGCACCAAGGGAAAAUGAUACAAGAAUUGGAAAAAACCAUGAGGGAAAUCGUACACCCCAAUUCUGAAUCUCCUACUUUCACCACCUGAACAUAGAAAUAAUUCUUCAGAGAUCAUCUUAUUUACUAGAGAAACAAUCACAUAGCAGUUGGGGGAAUGGACUCACUGACUUUCAGUCUUUUCCAUCUAUUUCCUUCUAGAUUCCUCCUAGAAUCCAGCGGCAUCUAAACCCAGUGUACACUUUGGAAACCUCCUGAUCAAAAUAUUGUCUGUUCAAAUGGUUGUUCAAUAAAAGUAAA